AUGGGUAGUCCAGGCUACCUGCCUCAAAAUCAAAGUAGUGGGGGUAUGGGUAGUCCAGGCUACCUGCCGCAAAAUCAAAGUAGUGGGGGUAUAGGUAGUUCAGGCUACUUGCCGCAAAAUCAAAGUAGUGGUGGUAUGGGUAGCUCAGGCUACCUUGCACAAAAUCAAAACAGUGUUGGGAUUGGUAGCUCAGGCUACCUUGGGAAAAAUCAAAGUAGUGGGGGUAUGGGAAGUACUGGCUACCUUGCACAACACCAAGGUAGUGGGAGUAUGGGUAGUUCAGGCUACCUUGCGCAAAGUGUUGGGGGUAUGGGUAGUUCUAGCUAUCUGCCUCAAAGUGGUGGGGUCAUGGACCCCAAAAUGGCAUAUGCGUGGCAGCAUCUGAAAGCUGACUGCAUGCAGCCCAGGAUCAACCACAUGCACAAAGCUGUCAACCCCCUCCUGGAGGCCAGCAGGGCGCAGAGGGAACAGUUUGGGGAUAUCCCCAUGGUGGACAUGAUCGGGCCAGAGUCUGGCCUGGAUCUCCUCCACGGCAGGCUCCAGAGGGACCCUCGCGGCAGCCGCUCCGACCCCCAGAUGGACCACCUGCGGCGGGAGAGGGAGUACAAGCUGGGUCGGCAGACCUCCAGCGAACAGGAGAUUCAGGCGCGGCUCAACGAGCUGCCAAUGAUCGUGCGUCAGGAGCGCUAUAGGCGACGCCUGGAGAGGCAGUCGUCCAGCGAGCAGGAGGGCAGUGGGAAGGCGAGGACACCGAGGCAGGAUGACUCCAGCGACAUGGAGUCAGCCAAGGAAGGCUCCGACAAGCGCUCAAUAGAGAAGAGAGCCACCACCAUGGCUGAGAUUGUGGAGCAGGCCCAGGAGAGAGAGGCAGCACAAGCUCGAGGGGAGAUGUACCGCCCAACCAGCAGCCUCUCAGCACCCGUGACCUACGAGCGCCCGCGAGCCAGAGACCGCCCCAAACCCCGCAGGAGACCCCGCCCCAAAGAGCCUGAGGAGAAGCGACGCUCUCGCUCGGCUCCGGCCCAGAGCCCGGCACAACUUCUGCCACCCUCACACACUGCCCAUAAUGAAGGCUUCCUGUACCGCAAACACGACUUUGAGGGGCACCAGAAGAGUCCCAGCAGUAAGUCCUGGGUGAAUUUGUAUUGCGUGUUGACAAAGGGAGGGAUCACUUUCUACAAGGACGCCAAGAGCACCACCACACCGUACAAUGAAGAAACCCCACUCGACCUGAGCGUCUGUAUAUGUGAUAGCACCAUAGGAUACAAGAAGAAGAAAAAUGUCUUCGUUAUCAAGAAAAAUGAUGGCAAUGACUAUAUUUUCCAUGCAAAGGAUGAGGAGGACCUGAAGGCUUGGGUCACUAACAUCACCACCAGUAUAACUGAACAUGAGGAGAUCGCCAAGUGGGACAAGCCCACCACCUCGUCCACAGAUCCCGACCGCUCGGAGAGGAAGGAGAAGUCAGAGGGCGACGCAGACGCCAGGUCAGAGAGGUCUGAGAUGGGAGGAGAGGUGGAGGAGGAGGAGAGGUCAGAGAAAGAGAGGUCUGAGAAGGGAGGAGAGGUGGAGGAGGAGGAGAGGUCAGAGAAAGAGAGGUCAGAGAAAGAGAGGUCAGAGAAGGGAGAGGGGUCCAAGAAGACGGGAGAAGGCUCAGAGAAAGCAGACACGUCGGAGAGGGGUGAGAGGGCAGAGGGGGGGGCAGAGGGCUCCAGCACAUCAGGGAAGAGCAAAUGAUCCCCGCUGAGUGGAGGAGUGGACUGGCAUCCAACCAUCUAAAGCCCCCCCCCCUCCUAACUUUACCCUACGACACCAGACAGUGCUGAACAAGGGAGACGGAGGGAGAUGUGUACAUUUCUGUGCAUAUCUUCUCUCUUUUUCUCUCUCUAUAUCUCUCUGUCUCUCUCUGUGACAUCCUGAGGCUUGGGUCCUAAUGUUAACUGUGACUGUCUGAUCUUUCAGCCCCUCCCCCUCCCCCAGGCAAAAUACAUCAAUACUUGCAUUGCAUUGUGGCCCUUGCUGGUAGGUUGGAGGAUAGGGGAGAUUAACCAGCGCCACUGUGUGGUCACAGGCAUUUGUCACAGUCACGACUCAUUGAUCAUUUAUUUCUUGGAUUCACAGCAUCUCUCAGUAUAUAUAUAAUAUACCUAUGACUGACUAUGUAAUGCUCUGUCUAAAACAACCCAAGCAGUGGUGAAUGAAAUGUCUCACAAUAUUUUGAAAAAGCUUUUUUUCUGAAGCAAUAUACUUUUUUUUAUUUAUUCUCUUUGUUUGAGAGAGAGUGAAAGGAGACAAGAAACAGUUGCUUAUUAAUUCUAUGAUUGUUCACAUUCAUCAUCAGCUUAUUUCUGUCAGGUCAGCAGCACCUUAGAACACUUCCAACACGUCUGUGUAUACUCAGCAUAUUGACAUUUCAAACCCACCUCAUCGCUAUCUCUGAGUCAUGUUGUCAUGAUGGAAUGCUGGUAUUACCUACUUGUGUUCAUAAUUGAAUUGAUCAACACAUGAUUCUCUUCUGAACUUUUGGAUGAAUCAUGUACAGGCCCAUGCCAUGCCAUGCCAUGCCAUGCCAGGAAUAAAGGUGAAAUAGGUUUGCCAACUGAUUAAAACUCCAUCACAUCCAAGAGUCUAUUCAAGGAGGCAAUGCCCAACUUAACCUCCUUGUGGUGCCAGACCUGUGUCAUGGCAUGACAGUAUAGUGCACCUUCUAUUCGAAUGCCUUCGUGUUCUUCGUGGUCUUGAGAGGUUCACCAGUUUUUAAAUGAAUUUGGCAGUGCAAUAAUUUCAUCUGAAGGGAAGGUCUGUGUAAAAUGCUAAUAUCAUGGUAGAUCUUAAACUAUCCCCACAUAAAGUGUGGUGAUAAGAAUAUAUGUUUUAAUGACAUAGCAGAGAGAAGCCCAAGCCAGAAAUAAUUCAUGCUUCUUUUGACUGCUAUUUGAUCUGAGACAAAUUAAGAAGCAUUAGAACCCCAUUGCUGUUUUUAUUAUAUUAUUAGAAUAUAUUCGGCAGGGACUGUAAUGGUUUCACUUGUGAAAAUACAGUAGUAACAUCAACAUUAGGUGAACCCCAAAAUAUACAGUUGAAGUCAUAAGUUUACAUACACUUCGUUUGGAGUCAUUAAAACUUGUUUUUCAAACAUUCCACAAAUGUAUUGUUAACAAACUAUAGUUUUGGCAAGUCGGUUAGGACAUCUA